AUGAGUGGAAUGACAUCUUCCAUUGAAUGGCGCUCUAUUGUCGUAGCUGCAGUUGCCAUUGCUGGUCUCCCAACACUGUGGAACCUUAUUGCUCGCAAUGAGUAUCGUCAUCACACACUUGAGCGGCUUACGGGCGGUAAAAAACGUGGGGCGUAUCUUCUCGCUGCGUGGAUAUUUUUUGGUUCAUUUCUGCGGGAUACGGCCUUCAUGCGUGCUAUUGCAGCUAAUCCUUCCCCCCGUAUACUUCCUUUUCUUUCUAUUGUAAAGAGUCACCAAAGUAAUGAUGGUAGUAGU